CAAAAUCUCACCUCACCUUAAUUCUCUAGCUCUCCGGUUGUAAACUUAAUUUAGCAUCAAUAAAUCACUCGGUCGAAGAUAGAAAGGACGACCAACAUUUGUAAUUUCUUACUAGCUACCUUCAAGCUAAGGAUAUAUACCAUGGGAAUUCUGGCAUUCGAAGAGAACGAGAGCUUCAUCAAUGGAGAAUUUGUUGAAAAUAAGAAGAUGGUCAAAAUGGCGGCGGCUCCACCCCCGGCGAGGAAGAACAUGCACAUCACGGUGGCGGAGCCGCGGUCGAAAGACGACAAAGCUAGCUUGAAAUGCACACUCCAAAAGUAUCUCGACACCAUUUCUCAACGAGUCAAUUAUCACAUAGGUUAUCCAGUAAACAUAGUGUAUGACCACUAUGCGACUUUAGCACCGUUGAUGCGUUACCACUUGAACAAUUGUGGUGAUCCCUUCAUGGAGAACACUGUUGAUUUUCAUUCCAAAGAUUUUGAAGUUGGAGUUUUGGACUGGUUUGCUCAACUGUGGGAGAUUGAGAAGGAUGAGUAUUGGGGGUAUAUUACUAAUGGUGGCACUGAAGGAAACUUGCAUGGAAUUUUGCUAGGGAGAGAAGUAUUUCCGAAUGGAAUACUAUAUGCAUCAAAGGAAUCACACUAUUCAAUCUUCAAGGCCGCACAAAUGUAUAGAAUGGAAUUUGAAGGAAUCAACGCUACGGUUGAUGGAGAAAUGGACUAUGCCGACUUAAAAUUGAAAUUGCUUCAAAAUAAGGGAAAACCGGCCAUCAUCAAUGCUACUAUUGGAACUACUUUCAAAGGAGCCAUGGAUAAUUUGGACAUCAUUAUCGAGACACUUGAAGAAUGUGGAUACUCAGAAAAAGAAACUUACAUUCAUUGUGAUGCAGCCCUCUCAGGCCUUAUUGUCCCCUUCUUAAAAAAUGUACCAAAAAUUACUUUUAAGAAACCGAUGAUUGGAAGCGUUACAAUUUCUGGGCACAAGUUCCUAGGAUGUCCAAUGCCAUGUGGAAUCCAAAUAACAAGAAAAUGUCUCAUAUAUAACCUUUCAAGGAAUGUUGAGUAUAUUGCCUCAGUAGAUGCCACCAUCUCAGGUAGCCGAAACGGAUUGACACCAAUAUUCCUUUGGUAUAGUUUGAGCACCAAGGGUCGGAUUGGGCUCCAAAAUGAUGCUCAAAGGUGCAUAAAGAAUGCAGAACAAUUGAGCGAUCGUCUCAAAGGGGUAGGAGUUAGCACAAUGCACAAUAGCAAUACUAUUACUGUGGUGUUUGAACGACCUCGCGACCGUGAAUUUAUUCGUCAUUGGCAACUCUCUUGUGUGAGGGAAAUGGCACACAUUAUUGUCAUGCCUGGUGUCACAAGUGAAAUGCUUGACAAAUUCUUCAAUGAUUUGGUCCACAAAAGGGAGAUGUGGUAUACGGGUGGAAAGAUCCAACCUCCUUGCCUAGCUGAUGAUCUUGGCCCCGAUAAUUGUAGUUGCCCUCUUCACAAAAUUUGAUCUUAUUUCUGUAUGACAUAUAAUGGUAAUGUGAUACCAUAGAUGGAGGCAAAUAAUUGAUUUAUCAUUCUAUGAAUCAUCUUAUUAGAGUUGUAUUAUGACACUUGUGUCAUUAUAUGCGUUGGUGUAUUCCAGUUUUAGUCAAUAAGAUUGGUUCAUGUGUGUUGAUAACGGGUAUUGGUUAAAAACCAAAGUGAGAAAUGUAAAAUGAUUUUUCCCAAAUAAGCUCUCUUCACAUUACAUACUUAUUUCUCAAUGCACCUUCCUCUCCG